AUGGCCUCCGAACCUUCCGAAGGAGCGAUCACCGAGUUUAUCAGCUUUACCAGUGCCACACGCCCACAGGCGAUCAACUUCUUGAAGGCCCAUGAUGGUAACUCUCAAAAAGCCAUCAAUGCAUACUUCGAAGAUCCAUCGGGACCUCACCCAGCAAGCACAUCAAGCUGGGCAAAUGAAAGCAACCUGACUCCGUUUGGAUACGGCGACCAAGAACACGGGCCGCGAAUGCCUGCUACGGCCCCUCCUUCCCGUCCACCGUCCAGGGUAAACAUGCAUGAUACAACCAAGGGUUCUGGCAAUGAUGCACCAGCUGCAACACAUACAUCGGGAAAUCCAGCUACAACUGGAACCGGACAAGGGCUGAGCUUAGCAGAGCGCGAGGAACAAGAAUUGCAGCAAGCAGUAGCCAUGUCCCUCGAUCAAGGCAUGGGCACACAGGAGACUGGAGUAACGGCAGCAGCCACGGAUAGCUCGGCCCACUUCGGAAAAGCCACGCGCGACCACUACGAAGAAAAUGCAUGGGCUAUGACUCUGUUCAAUGAGACUUCUCAAGAAGUCAUCACCAUUCCGGACCCCGAGGAUCGCAAGAAAAUAGAUGACGAGCCAGCAUUCAUCCGCCCAACACAAGACAACCUCUACAUUGGAGGUUUCCUCACCAUCCUUCACGAAAUUCCUCUUGCGCGAGAGGCAUUACUUCUAAGAAACAAGCUUCUCUUUGACUAUGGUCAAGAUUCGCAGUGGUGGAAUGGGCAGCCAAUUAAUCUGCCGAAGAUCGUGACUGUCCACGAAGGCAGUGAGGAUAGUGAUUGGGAAGACCCUAUCCAUGAGGCCCAGCGAUUGAUGGCUUUCCUGGACUCUACAGAGCGCGCUUUCGGAAGCAGUGAUGCACUUGCUGGUCUCAAACAAAUGAACUGGUUCUCUUCUGACUCCGAAGAGAUAGUUGCACGAUUCCUUGAGACAUGGCAUGCAGCAGCAGUUCGAGCAGACCCCAAUAACCCAUUAGUCACAUCUUUCAUGUCACAUGCCUAUAAAAAAUCACCCUUUGACGAAGCCGACGAACCGAUCUCCAAGGAGCUAUUUGUCUUCGAGCCUGUCGUUGAGCAGGAUCACGGACAAACGCUCUACGAUGUCUUGGACACGGCUAUCUGGAGUGACAAACCCGGGGAAGAUCUCGAUGAUGUAUGGCUUGAGCACGUUGGUGACAUUCUAGUCAUGAAGCUUGAUUCAUUUGAGCAGUCGAAAUCAGUGGAUGUGACGAUUCCUGCCGUGUUCUACCCGGACCGUUAUCUGAGCACCUGUCAAAGCCUCGCGCGUGACAUGCGCACUAAAAAGCUCGAGGCUCAGGAAGCUGUGUCGAAAAUCGAACAGCGCAUCCAGCAAUACACUGCGUCUCCAAAUCCUCUCGUCAGUCUCACGAGACAGGAGAUUCUUGAAAAGACCGCUGCCGCUAUACCUGUAGCCCUGAAGACAGCCAUGGAUGGGAAAUCGGAAAAUUUGACACCCGAGGUGGCAAAGGAAAGAGCAGAGCGGAUCCCGCAACAACUGCGAGCACUCGCCGCGAAGAUAGAGCAGAAGCUGAAGGGGCUCGAGCUUCAAAAGCAGAAGGCACUAGAAACCAUGAACAGCUAUUCCAAGAUGCUUACAGAACCCUCAGAGUCUCCGCAUGAGCCGCCUUCGCACAGAUACUCACUACGAGGUGUCUGCACUGAACCGCACGUCACUUACGUAUUGAAACACCGUGAGGCUAGAAUUCAGGGAGAUGCCAUGGAUGUCGAUAGCGAGCAGGACGGCUCUCAGUGGUGGCGCAUCAGCUUUUCUACCGAGGAUGGCAAGACUCGACAAGCCGAGAAGAGAGAAGCCCAGGGCGACCAGGCAGCCAUGCCGAAUGGCGACGUCAUGGGCUACACUGCUCGCAAAGUACCUGAGACUGAAGUCCUCCGGGCAGCUCGCGAAGAAUAUAGAUCAGUGCUGCUGGUCUAUGCUAGUGAUGCCGCUCUAGAUGUCAAAGUAGAACCUGCACCCUCCCAGCUUCAGGCUUUCGUAAAUAAAGACAACAAGGUAUUUGCGGUCGAAUGCAGUCAAACUACUGCCAAUGCAGAUGAUAAGAUCGGGGGAGAGCAGACCCAGACACCAUCUAUAUCGCAGCAGGACCCGACCGUCAACGUGUUUGAUUACGAAGUGCGAGACUUUGAUAGCGAGAAGCGCGCUGGCCAGGAAAUGCAAGAGAAAGUAGGCUCGAGUCCUUUAGCGGGGCAAGGGAAUGCGGCCCAGUCGAUGUCUCAUGCCCUUGAUGAUAAUGACUUGUGGAGGGCGGAGAGUGACGAAGAUAUGGCAGACCAUGUCGAACAUGCAACUGCUAAUUAA